AUGGCCAGCUUCUUCAAGCCCGCCGCUGCUCGCCAGGCGCUCCGCGCCGCCAGCCAGGUCGCUCGCCCAGCUGUCCGACCUGUCCGACCUUCCCUCACAAUCAACACCCGGGCGCUGUCCACCACCGCCCGCCUGCAGAAAGACGAGGACCCCAAGAAACGCUUAACAACAGAUACUCCCCAGGGCGCCUCUGGGGCCCACGAAGGUGCUUUUGCUCGUACCGAUGACAGCGUGGUUAUCGAGUAUCCCGCCGACGAGGAGAUGCCUCGCUCCCCGGUCGUUCAGGGCCGCGGUGGCAUGCAUUUCAAGCGCACCCUAGCCUCGUUCUCGCUCGAGAACAGGGUCAGUGUCGUGACUGGAGGUGCUCGUGGCCUCGGUCUUGUCAUGGGCCAGGCAUUGGUGGCUUCUGGCUCUGACCUGGCCAUUGUCGAUUUGAACAAGGAGGAGGCUGAGGACCAGGCUAAGAAGCUUGUCGCUCAAUUCAAAGAGGAGAAUCCCGGCCUGGAAGAGCUUCCUAGAGUUACCGCGCACUACGCCGACGUGUCCGACCCCGACUCGGUCAACAAUGUGCUCGCCGAUAUCAUCGCACAACAUGGCAAAAUCGACCACCUGGUCACCUCGGCUGGAUUCACCGAAAACUUCGACGCCAUCUCCUACCCAUACGACCGCAUCAAGAAGCUGUGGGGAGUCAAUGUGGACGGAACCUAUCUUUUCGCCACCGGCAUUGCCAAGCACUUGAUGGAGCGCAAUGCUCCUGGAAGCAUUGUCAUGAUCGGCAGCAUGUCUGGCGCCAUCGUCAAUGUUCCCCAGCCCCAGGCCCCGUACAACGCCGCCAAGGCCGCAGUCCGGCACUUGGCCGCUUCGCUCGCUGUCGAGUGGGCGGGCGCCAACAUCCGCGUCAACUGCAUUAGCCCGGGUUACAUGCUGACUGCCCUGACGAAGAAGAUCUUAGACGAGAACCCCGAAUUGAACAAGAAGUGGACGUCGCUCAUCCCUCAAGGCAAGAUGGGCACGCCAGAAGACCUGAUGGGUGCCGUCACUUUCCUGCUCAGUGACGCAUCGCGUUAUAUCACCGGUGCCGAUCUCCGCGUUGACGGUGGAUACACUGUCACCUAA